AUCUCCAUCCUCCGACAGAAACCUCCAGGCUCCUUCUUAGUCCGAGACAGCACCACCUACAAAGAGGCCUACGGAUUGGCCGUCAAGGUGGCUCAACUCCCACCUCGUGUCACUCCAAAGUCCGGUAUGUCGGAGAGGCACUGUUCAAAUGCAUUACACCAGCGCACAUGCACACUUUACAUGAGGUCAUUUUUUCGUAUCAUAAUUUGGUUUUCGAGACCAUCACUAGAUCUGAUAUAA